AUGGCGAUGGCGCAGGGAGCGCGGUUGCUAGGCGAAAUCGAAGUCGGCACGCUUGAUGAGCUCUUCCGCGACCUCAAAUCCCUACAACCCCCCACCAUCGCGCCCGGCCGCCUGGGUAUCCCAGAGCUUGACGAGAUCUGGGAUCGGCGCGGGGGGCAGCUGUACGUGUGUGGGCGCUACAAGGCGCUGUUGUAUCAUAUCGUGUCUACCGCUGUUUCGGCGCCGCGGUCAGGUGUCGCGCUGGUGGUAGAUGUGGAUGGGCGGUUUGAUGUUACGCGGUUGAGUUGCUCGGAGGAGGAGUUGAGGCAUGUGUAUGUGGUUAGGACGGGGAAGGAGGGGGUGGAGAGGUGUCUAGAGGAGGGGAGGAGGUGGUUGGUUUAUGGGGAGCAUGGGAGUAAGGGGAGGGAGCUGGGGGUGCGGGUUGUGAGUGGUGGGGAGGGGGGGAAGGAGGCGGAUGUAGUGGGGUGUUGGAGGGGUUGGAUGAGGGUGCAGAGGGGGGUGGGGGUGGAGGGGUUUGGAGGGGGGAUUAGUGUUGAGGAGGCGAUGAGGGAGAGGGGAGAGAGGCAGAUGGUGGUGGAGGGGAGCGGGUGGCGGGCGGAGAGCGAUUAUGGGGAGUUUAGGUGGUUGGAGGAGUAG